AUGGGAAUAUGCACUUACACACUCUCCAAAGUGUGCAGCAAUUAUACCACUUUGCCAUAUUUUAACAUCGAAGCAAAGAACGAGCACCGUAAUGGGAAUCCAACAGUGUCUUGGGUGCAGAAAGUUAUGGUUGAAGUAUAUGAUCAUAAAAUAACUAUUGUUAAAAAUGAGCCCAGUCGAAUUUUGGUGGAUGGUAUCUGGACAAAUCUUCCAGUCAUCUUGGUCAAUGGAUCUCUGACCGUUAAACAAAGUGGUCGAUAUGUCAUUCUAGAAACUGAUUUCCACCUCACAGUAUCUUAUGACACUGACCAUACAGUGGAUGUUAAGGUUCCAACUUCUUAUUUCAAUCAGACCUGUGGAAUGUGUGGCAACUUAAAUGGCAUUAGGCAGGAUGACUAUUUGAUGCCUAAUGGACAGUUGGCUCAGAACUCCAAUCAACUGGGAGAUAGCUGGCAGGUUGAAGAUGAUGAUCCAUUAUGUAACACAAUUUCUCCUACACCUCCACCACCAUGUCCACCAGAGACAGAGGAACUUUAUUCAGGCGAUAAGUUCUGUGGUUUGUUAAACAGCAAAGAUGGUCCUUUCAAGGCUUGCCACUCAGUAAUCAACCCAGAGCGCUUUUUUGACAGCUGUGUAUUUGAUCUGUGUGCACUUGGGGACAGCAUUUUAUGUAAAGCACUGGAAGCUUAUGCUGAUGCCUGUCAAAGAGCAGGAGUCACCAUCACCUGGAGAAACUCUACUUUCUGCUCUAUCUCAUGUCCUGGGAACAGUCACUACAAUCCGUGUGCCAGUGCUUGCCCAGCCACAUGCCUGGACCAGAGUGCACCAAAUAACUGCAAUAAGCCUUGUACUGAUGCUUGUGAAUGUGAUGAUGACUUUGUGCUCAGUGGACACGCUUGUGUUCCUGUCAGUGAAUGUGGAUGUUUUUAUGAUGGCAAAUACUAUCAGAAAGAUGAGUCAUUUUGGCAAGGGGAAUGUGAAAGUUAUUGCACAUGUGAGGGAAACAGCCAAGUGAGCUGUAAACAGCAGACCUGUCUACCUAAUGAAGUUUGCCAAGUCCAGAAUGGAAUUAAGACAUGUGUGCCAAAAGUGACAAGCACCACCACAACUACAACAACCACCACCACCACUACCACAACCACUACUACUCCUUCAUCUACUGUUCCAGGUAAAUUUCUUUUAACAGGGAAACGAUUAAAACAAUUUAAAAAGGAUUUAUGCAGAAUGAGUAUUUUUGACUACUAUACUACUACUACUACUACAAUAGUUUCCUGUUGUUAGGACAGUGAUAUUUAGUUUAGCUCUGACUUUAAAAAGACAACUGUGGAUUAUACUGUACAUUGAUAGAGUAAUCUGCCAUUGAUUGAUACAGUAUAUCUGAAGAAGUGUAAGAAAGGACUACAAAGUAAAUGGCUCAAAUGUGG